CCUUAGUCCGUUGCUUCCCCGGGGCAAGGCAGCCAGACCGGCCGGAAAAGGCGCUUCUAGGACGGGACUCUAGUUCCGCCCCUUUGCGCUGCUGUUGGAAGGUGUCGGUUCGCCUCCCCAAGACCAACCACCCCCUUGGGCGUCUCUCAAUCCCACCAGCAGCCCCCUCCGACGGCUUCUUGACUCAAUCUUGUCUCGGCGAUCACGCCUUCCCACCCCUGCGUGUGUUCCAGCGGCGAGGAGGCGGAGGCGGAGGAGCGGAGGGGAGGGGGACUUGGUCUUCCCUUUUAUCGGAUUGAUUUCUGACUCAAUCGGGAAGGUUCCGGGCUCUUUUCUGCGGUGCUGCAGUGGUGUGUCACGGCUGUCUUUAUCCCCCGGCUGCUUUGGAACGAGAGGGACCAUAUCGACUUGUUUUUUCCUGCUUCGUCCGAAUAAUUCCAUUCCCGGUCCGUCAAUCAUUUCUUCCACCGCUGCGGUCCAGUCGAGUUGCCGCCGCGCUGGGACAUGGACGAGCUCCAGUGAGGGAGCUCCACACGCCGACGUGAUUCGGACACGGAUCCCCCUAGAGCGACGACAUCCGGACAUGUUUAUCCCCGUUUCCAUGGUAAACCAGUGGAGCAUGCCCGUCCCAGCGAGGAGUUAACCUGCCAAAGCGCACGCCCCACGACCCCCCUCCACUGACCAUCGGGAAUUUCUCCGACAUCUGCGACAUUCUCACGGACCGGCCGGCAUCGGCGACAUGGCUAACAACGCGGUGGAGCACCCGGCGGGGAACUCGGUUGCCGACGGCAACCACGAUGGUGACUUCGGGGUGACUGUGAAUGACCUGCGAGGACUCAUGGAGCUGCGCAGCGGCGAGGCUGUCGGCAAGAUUCGAGACGACUACGGCGACGUGCAGGGCAUCUGCAGACGCCUCAAAACCUCGCCCAUCGAAGGUCUUUCUGGGAACCCCGUGGACCUGGAGAAGCGGCACGCGGCCUUUGGGCAGAACUUCAUCCCGCCCAGGAAGGCCAAAACCUUCCUGCAGCUGGUGUGGGAAGCCCUGCAAGACGUCACGCUCAUCAUCCUGGAGAUCGCCGCCAUUAUCUCGCUGGGCUUGUCCUUCUACCACCUGGAAGGCGGAAACAGUGAAGCUUGCGGCCAAGCGUCGGGCGGCGUGGAAGACGAAGGCGAGGCGCAGGCAGGCUGGAUCGAGGGCGCGGCCAUCUUGUUCUCGGUCAUCAUCGUGGUACUAGUGACGGCCUUCAACGAUUGGUCCAAAGAGAAGCAGUUCCGAGGCCUCCAGAGUCGCAUCGAGCAGGAGCAGAAGUUCACGGUCAUUCGCAAGGGGCAAGUCAUCCAGAUCCCCGUGGCCGAGAUGGUGGUGGGGGACAUCGCCCAGAUCAAAUACGGAGACCUGUUGCCCGCCGACGGCAUUUUGAUCCAAGGCAAUGACCUGAAGAUCGAUGAGAGCUCCCUUACCGGAGAAUCCGAUCAGGUCCGCAAGUCUCUGGAGAAAGACCCCAUGUUGCUGUCGGGAACGCACGUGAUGGAGGGCUCGGGCCGAAUGGUGGUGUCGGCCGUCGGACUCAACUCUCAGACGGGGAUCAUCUUCACGCUGCUCGGUGCCGGCGACGGCGAGGAGAAGAAGGCCAAAAAAAGUAAAAAACAAGGACCCCCCGAAAAUCGCAACAAAGCCAAAACCCAGGACGGCAUCGCAUUGGAAAUCCAGCCGCUGAAGAGCGAGGAGGCGGCCGAGUCGGAGGAGAAGGAGGAGGCCAAGCCGGUCAAGAAGGUGAUCGUGCCCAAGAAGGAGAAGUCCGUGCUGCAGGGGAAGCUGACCAAACUGGCCGUGCAGAUCGGGAAGGCCGGCCUGAUCAUGUCGGCUGUGACGGUGAUCAUCUUGAUCUUGUACUUCGUCAUCGACACGUUCGCCGUCCAGGGACUCACGUGGACGUCUGAGUGCACACCCAUCUACAUUCAGUACUUUGUCAAGUUCUUCAUUAUCGGCGUCACCGUCCUGGUGGUGGCCGUCCCCGAGGGCCUUCCCCUGGCCGUCACCAUCUCGCUCGCCUACUCUGUCAAGAAAAUGAUGAAGGAUAACAACCUGGUGCGCCACCUGGACGCGUGCGAGACGAUGGGCAACGCCACGGCCAUCUGCUCGGACAAGACGGGCACCCUGACCAUGAACCGCAUGACCGUGGUGCAGGCCUAUGUGGGAGACACUCAUCACAAGACCAUACCCGAAGCCAGCGCCAUCAAGCCCGACACCCUGGAGAUCCUGGUCAACAGCAUCUCCAUCAAUUCGGCCUACACCACCAAGAUCCUGCCUCCAGAGAAGGAGGGCGGCCUCCCUCGACACGUGGGCAACAAGACGGAGUGCGCCCUCCUGGGUCUGGUUCUGGAACUGAAGCGGGACUACCAGCCCAUCAGAGAGGAGGUCCCCGAGGAGAAGAUGUACAAAGUGUACACCUUCAACUCCUCGCGCAAAUCCAUGAGCACCGUGCUCAGGAUGGCCGACGGAGGGUUCCGCAUGUACAGCAAGGGGGCGUCCGAGAUCAUCCUCAGGAAGUGCUCGCGUAUUCUGGACUGCGAUGGCCUCCUGCGCGUCUUCAAGCCCAAAGAUCGCGACGAGAUGGUGCGCAAGGUGAUCGAGCCCAUGGCCUGCGACGGCCUGCGCACCAUCUGCUUGGCGUUCCGCGACUUCCCGGCCAGCGGCGGCGAGCCCAACUGGGACGUGGAGAACGACAUCGUCAACGACCUCACCUGCAUCGCCGUGGUCGGCAUCGAGGACCCCGUCCGGCCUGAGGUCCCCGAGGCCAUCACAAAGUGUCAGCGUGCGGGGAUCACCGUCCGCAUGGUGACGGGCGACAACAUCAACACGGCGCGGGCCAUCGCCACCAAGUGCGGGAUCCUGCUGCCCAACGAGGACUUCCUGUGCAUGGAGGGCAAAGAGUUCAACCAGCAAAUCCGCAAUGACAAUGGCGAGGUGGAGCAAGAGCGCCUGGACAAAGUUUGGCCCAAACUGCGAGUUCUCGCUCGUUCGUCGCCAACUGACAAGCACACGCUGGUCAAAGGCAUCAUCGACAGCACAGUGGGCGAGACCCGACAGGUGGUGGCGGUGACGGGAGACGGAACCAACGACGGGCCCGCGCUCAAGAAAGCCGACGUGGGAUUCGCCAUGGGCAUCGCCGGGACGGACGUGGCCAAAGAGGCGUCGGACAUCAUCUUGACGGACGACAACUUCACCAGCAUCGUCCGGGCCGUAAUGUGGGGGAGGAACGUCUACGACAGCAUCUCCAAGUUUCUGCAGUUCCAACUCACCGUCAACGUGGUGGCCGUCAUCGUGGCCUUCACUGGCGCCUGCAUCACGCAGGAUUCGCCGCUGAAGGCGGUGCAGAUGCUGUGGGUGAACCUGAUCAUGGACACGCUGGCGUCGCUGGCCUUGGCCACCGAGCCGCCCACCGAGUCACUGCUUCUGCGCAAGCCAUACGGACGCAACAAGCCGCUCAUCUCGCGCACCAUGAUGAAGAACAUCUUGGGCCACGCCGUCUACCAGCUGGUCAUCAUCUUCACGCUACUAUUUGCCGGCGAGAAGAUCUUCGACAUGGACAGCGGUCGCAACGCUCCGUUGCACUCUCCUCCGUCCGAGCACUACACCAUCGUCUUCAACGUCUUCGUCAUGAUGCAGCUCUUCAACGAGAUCAAUGCCCGCAAGAUCCACGGCGAGCGCAACGUCUUUGAGGGCAUCUACCGCAACCCCAUCUUCUGCAGCGUCGUCCUGGGGACCUUUGCCUUGCAGAUCGUCAUCGUGCAGUUUGGCGGGAAGCCCUUCUCCUGCACGGCGCUCACCAUCGAUCAGUGGCUGUGGUGCGUCUUCAUCGGCGUGGGCGAGCUGCUGUGGGGGCAGCUGAUCUCGUCGAUACCCACGCACCACCUGAAGUUCCUGAAGGAGGCGGGUCACGGCACCACCAAGGAGGACAUCCACGAGGAGGAGAUGACGGCCGACGCCGACGAGAUCGACCACGCCGAGAUGGAGCUCAGACGGGGGCAGAUCCUUUGGUUCCGCGGCCUCAACCGCAUCCAGACGCAGAUGGACGUCGUGUACACCUUCCAGACGGGCCAGGCACCGGUGCCCGGGGCCCUGCGCCGGCAGCCCUCGGUGGUCAGCCAGCACAACGACGCUAUUAAAGUGGUGAACGCGUUCCGGAGCUCGUUGUACGAAGGUCUGGAGAGUCCGGAGUCGCGUAACUCCAUCCACAGCUUCAUGGCCCAUCCUGAGUUUGUCCCGCUCUCCGAGGAGGAAGCUCGUAUCCCGCCCAUCGAGGAGUCAGGAGAUGAGAUCGAGACCCUCCCAGGAACCUCCCUUUCCUCAACCUACACAGCCAUGCCGGGAGAUGCCGCCACUUCAUCCGCAUAAGCUUCUUUCUUCACCUCUUCCUCUUCCUCCUCUCAUCAUCACCACCAUCGUCUCCCACAGUUUUUUUUUUCUUUUUCCCUCCCACUCUCACUGAGCGAAAAUUUGUCAUGAACAGCUUUAGUGGUUUGUUUGCAGCAUGUGGCAAACAAGAAAAAAAAAAAAAAGAGUUGUUAGGAGCUGGCUAACAACAAAAAGUCCAAGUGCUAGUUUAGGGUCAAAACACUCAUUCUGCGACACAUAUGGAAGAGUUCAUCGUCUUGAAGUGUUAGCCAGAAAAAAAGUCCAAACACUCAUUCCCAACAUUUCUUAGCAGCAAGAAUUCCUCAUGAGCAGGUUUGCAGUGAUAGCGGGUUGUUAACUUGUGGCGUAAAACAACAAGUUAGCAUGUGCCUAAAACAAGUCAAGAAAAUUCCUCUGAAGAAUUCCUCGUCGUGGAUCGUUAGCGAAGUCAAAAACACCAAUGGCAGAAUCCCUUUUUUUCCCCCCCCCCGAUGAAUUAAAAUUCACGGUGAGCUAUGUUUUACCAUUAGCAGGUCGUAAGCAUGUGGCUAAAAACAACAAUCACAAAAAGUCAAAACACUAACCCGGUGACUCCGAAUUCCUGCCACCCUUGUUUUCAUUGGUCUUUUUUUUUUUUUUUUUUAGCAAUGACAAUUCCUUGUGAGCAGCUUUAGUGGGUUUUUCGCAGCAUGUGGCUAUAAAGAACAACAAAAACAAUGAAAAAAGCAGCACGAAAAGAAGUGCGCUGAUCAUGUACAUACGCUUCCGCUAAAGGCUAACAGAGAUUUCUCGGUCGGAAUUUUUGUUGUUGUUGUUUUUAAGCCAUUUUGAAUUUAGUUUUUGUUUGUUAAUCCUCUAACGAAUGUUCUUUGUUGUUGAGUGUCACACUACUGUCUUCAAAGAAAACCUUUCUCCUUG